AUGGCGCUCCAUGGCCGCUUCGGGACGCGCAGAUUAGCCGGCCGCUUCAGUGGUCAUGGUUAUGGUGAGCGGUGCGAGGGCCUUGAUGGGACGAUCGCACCCGGCCGCGUCGACAUGGCAUCCAUCAGUCAGGCGUCGAGGCACGCACUGGCACUGCUACUGUAUACCAACACCAAGGCGUAG